UCGACCCGCGAAGCGCGAAAAACAUUGCCGUUUUCCCGCUCUUACUUUGACUCGCCGUAAACCCUUCCGUUUACGCCGCCACCACCGCCCCUCGCGUUCAUUCACGUAUCUUUUUACGCGCACCGCGACUUCUACACGAAGAUCAUCUAAACUGGAGUUUGGAGCUUACGGUCUUUUGCUGCACACUUUUGGGAAAGUCAACGUCGUAAAACCGCAAACGAAAAACAACAUAAUGGCAGUCGCAGCAGCACAAAAGAGCCGAGAGAUGUUCGCCAUCAACAAGUCUUACAGCAUCGAGAACGGAUACCCAGCGAGGAGACGUUCGCUCGUGGACGACGCGAGAUUCGAGACCAUCGUCGUGAAACAAACGAAGCAGUCGGUGCUGGAAGAAGCCCGUCAAUUGGCGAACGUUAACGAUCAAUACGAUGAUCAAGGUUUCGAAUCCGAAGAAAAACCUAUUGGACACGAAAAUGAAGUAGAAUCAUCUGAAUCUUCUGAACCAUCGUCGUCCGAUAAUGAUGACUCAGAUGCUGGACUUACAGAGGAAGAGGUCCUUUUGGAGAAAGCGGCCAGCCAAGACAAAGAUGCCGAGAUGGCCGUUCAAAGGGCCACCUUAGUAUUGCGUCUGCGCGAAGGUAUUAAUUCCCUCGCCCGAGUAUUGAAAGUAAUUGAGAACGGUAAAGGCAAUGUAGUCCAUUUGGAAUCAAGACCGUCUAAGGAACAAGGUGUUCAAUUCGACGUUUUGGCCAAAGUGGAUAUGACAAGGAAAGAUCUUUUAGCUUUAAUGAAGAUUCUUAGACAAAGUUCUACGUUGGCAAGUAUUACGAUUCUCGCCGAAGACAACAUCAAUGUUAAGAACCCGUGGUUCCCAAGACACGCCCGUGACUUGGACAACUGCAAUCACCUGGUGACCAAAUACGAACCGGAAUUGGACAUGAACCAUCCUGGAUUCGCGGACAAAGUCUACCGUUCACGCAGGAAGGAGAUUGCAGCUAUUGCUUUUGAAUACAAAUAUGGUGACUCAAUCCCAUACAUUGAUUACACUGCCGACGAAGUUGGCACGUGGACCGCAGUUUUCAACAACGUGUUGGACUUAAUGCCCAAACAUUUCUGCAUGGAAUACAGAAACGCUUUCAAGAUGCUGCAAGACGAAAAAAUCUUCACUGAAGAUAAGAUCCCGCAAUUAAGCGAAAUGUCUGAUUUCUUAAAGAAGCACACCGGUUUCACUCUUCGACCAGCAGCUGGUUUGUUGACAGCCCGUGACUUCCUUGCCAGUCUUGCAUUCCGAGUAUUCCAAAGCACACAAUACAUUCGUCAUAGUAAUUCUCCAUUCCACACACCAGAACCGGACUAUAUCCACGAAGUUCUUGGACACAUGCCUUUAUUGGCUGACCCAAGUUUUGCUCAGUUCUCUCAAGAACUCGGUUUGGCAUCACUCGGGGCAUCCGAUGAAGAAAUUGAAAAACUGUCUACUGUGUACUGGUUCACAAUCGAAUUUGGCCUCUGCAAGGAACACGGAGAAGUGAAGGCUUACGGCGCUGGACUUCUAUCCGCUUACGGUGAACUUUUACACGCCGUUUCAGGCAAACCCGAACUUCGACCAUUUGAGCCAUCCAUCACAGCAGUACAACCAUACCAAGAUCAAGAAUACCAACCAAUCUAUUUCGUAGCUGAAAGUUUCGAAGACGCUAAAGACAAAUUCAGGAAAUGGGUGUCAUCUAUGUCACGACCAUUUGAAGUCCGUUACAACCCACACACCCAAAGAGCAGAAAUCUUAGACUCAGUUGAACAACUCAACAAUCUAAUGACACAAUUAAAUUUGGAAAUGUUGCACCUAAACACUGCACUGAACAAGUUAAAGAUGAGAUCCGGUUAAAACGACUAAAUUCUCCCGAACGCAUACAAAUAUAUUUACCAUUUUAUUAUUACAUUUUUUCUGAAAAAAAAAAUGUAAUACUUAUCUAUAACCUAUAUAUUUAUUUACUUAUAAUUUAUAUAUAUAUAUAUAUAUAUAUCUAUAUAGUUUAUAAUAUUGUAUGUCUUCGGCGUGUUUCUAGUCACCGGUGACGAUGGGACAACUUUUUGUUUUUUC